AUGUGCAAGGCACUCAACCCUAAAUACAACCCUCCCUCCAGGAGUUACUUAAGUGACACACUAAUUCCGUCCUGGUAUGAUGUAGAAAAGGCCAAUUUGAUCUCUGAGCUCAAGGAUGUACCAAAGCUGGCCAUAUCAUCAGAUGGGUGGACCAGCCUCAGCCAGGACCACUAUAUCACUGUGACAGUGCACUAUACAAGCCAGGGCAAGCUCAAGCAGAGGGUCCUCCACACCAGGGCAGUCUACCAAUCUCAAACUGGUGAAGUAGUGGCAGAGGAGAUCUCUGACAUUCUGGAGGAGUUUAAGAUAGAGCUGAGCAAGGUUUGUGCUGUGACGGUUGACAAUGCUGGCAAUCUGGACGUUGCCAUCAGGAAGCUUGGCAUCUUAAAAAUAGGAUGCUUUGCACACACACUGAAUGUGGCAGCGCAGAAAAUCUACACAGUAGCUUCCAUUGAUAAAUGGGCCGCCCAAAUCCGAUCAGUGGUCGUGUGGUUUAAGAGGUCCUCGGUGGCCAACACAGUAUUGAAGGACAAGCAGCAGAUCCUUGGACUUAAACAACACUCACUCAUCCUGGACGUCAAGACAAGAUGGAAUUCUCUCUAUUUAAUGAUAAAGAGAUUCAUGGAGCAAUAUCCAGCAAUACAGGCAGCAGCCUUGGACCCACAACUGCGAAGGGCGAUGACUAAGGAUAACCUGGACCGGCUGAGGGAUGACGAUUUCCACAAGGCUGAGGAGUUUGUCCAGCUCAUGAAGAUCCUAUACACAUCCACACUGUGUGUGUCAGGGGAAAAGAAUUCUACGUGUGGACAGAUUAUACCCAUCCUCCAAAAACUGGAGGAGCACUUCACUGUAAAGCAUGAAGACACAUCAUUUGUGACAGCCAUCAAAGAGAAGGUUUGGGGGAACCUCAGUGAGCGCUACCAGGACAACGCCAUCCAAGAUUUCUUGCAUGAGGCCACAGCUAUGGACCCCAGGUUUAAAGGGAGACCGGUGAGUGAAGACACCUGGGACAGACUGAGAAAGGCAGUUAUUGAUCAUGCAACAGGAGCAGCAACGCCAGGUCCAGGGUUGUCAGAGGAGCCAGAGCAGGCAAGCACAGCGGCAGCACGGCAGCAACAUGAAGAGGAGUCUGAAGGAGAGGAAACAGAGCAUUUGGAGACAGACCCACCGCAAUCAGUGUUCAAAGCAAAAAGUGCCUUGGAGGAGCUGUUCGCGGAGGAGGAAAGGGAGCUCAGGUCGACAAUCCAGCAGAGCACCAUGUCCCUCCCGGAGCGUGUGGACCAAGAGGUUGAGCUUUACAAAGGCCUGCCUGCCAUCUCUAUGGCUGAAGAUCCGGUAAUGUGGUGGUGGGAAAAGAAAGAUAUUCUGCCUCUCCUCUUUAUCAUUGCAACAGGCUACCUCUGUACCCAAGCUUCCUCCACCCCUUCUGAGAGGGUGUUCUCAACUGCAGGGAACACCAUAAGCCAGGAGAGGUCCCGACUCCUGCCAGAGAAGGUUGAUAUGUUGAUCUUCCUCCAGAAGAACUGCUGA